UUGAGUGCAGUCAAAAGAAUCGAGAAUGGGUAGAAAAAUAAUAAAAUCAGUUUUUUUACUAAUUCUACACGAAAUAUUAUUUGUGGCCACAGCUGCCGCAGAAAAGCCGUGUCAAUUAAGUAAUAUACCUAGCGGAUCAAAUAUUGAUGGAAUUCUGCAGCUGCUAGACUGCUUACAUAUUGGAAAUGAGUUUGAACUAAGCAAAGUGCAUGAAGAUCACAUAAAGGAAUUAAAUGUUAAUUUUAUGGAAUAUCAAGAAAUUGAAAAAAUUCAUGAAAAAGUCAUGGAUAAGGCAAUUGAAUUAGAUGAGUACAGAAACAAAAUACUAAAAGGAAGCAACGAUCUUCAAGUGUGUCAAAUUGAAGUUGAUAAAUUAGAAUCUGAGAUCAAUGUACAAAAAACUACAAUUGACAGACUAAAAACCAAUUCGAAACUUUUUGGGGAAUAUGAUAAAUGUAAAGGUGAAUUAAUACGUAAAAGAAAUAAGUUAAAAAGUUUAAAGCAUAAUGUAGAUAUUUUAAAUGCUACUCUUAUUAAAAAGGAUGCAUUAAUUGAGAAACGUAUUUUAGAAUUGCAAAAUAUAACUAAAAAUCAGAAAACAAUUCAAUUGGAAUUGGACGACUACCAAAAUAAGUUACGAUUGAAAGAAAGCGAUAUUCAGUUCUGCCAAUUUAAUUUAAUUUUCCGAAAUGAUACAACUCAGAAGCGACAACACACACGUAUUCUAACUAGUUGCAUUUCUUUUGGAGACCAUCCUGGCGUUCAUCAAAUUGAAGCUUUGUACUAUGAUGUCUUCGAUGUUCUAUGUGAUAGUCAGAUAGCUGGGCCUGGAUGGAUUGUAAUACAACAACGAGUUGGAGGAAAUGAGAGUUUCAAUAGGGAUUGGGCAACGUAUCGCAAAGGUUUCGGUUCGUUUGAGAGUGAUUUUUUCCUGGGUUUGGAGAAGAUCCAUCGGUUGACAAGUUCGCAAGAUCAUGAGCUCUAUGUGCAUUUGGUUUUCCUAAAUGGCACCAUCAAAUACGCACAAUACGACAACUUUAAAAUCUCGAAUGAGGAAAAUAGUUACGCACUGAGCAGCUUGGGCAAAUUUAAGGGAAAUGUUGUGGAUGAGAUGAGAAACUAUUUGAAUAGCAAAUUCUCAACAUUCGAUCAAGACAACGAUACCGAAGACGUCCACAAUUGUGCAGAGCACUUUAAAAGUGGUUGGUGGUUCACGCAUUGUUAUUAUUGUAAUUUAAAUGCAUUAUAUGGAAAAGACCUAAAUUGGUAUCCACCAUACGAGCUUAAAGAAGCUAGGAUGAUGAUUCGCCCCAGAAAAGUGAAGUGAAGAUGGUUUAUAAAUUGCAAUUGAAAAUCUGAUUUGUAAUUACUUUAAAUGGUUUAAUAAUUUAUUAAAUAAA